CUAUUUUAAGUUGUUCAUCACAUAAAAACAACAAAGCUAAUAAUCAAAAGUGCUACGCUUGUCACGAAGCGGCGCUGAUAGCAGCUGCGAGCGUCAGUCCACUUACAGCAAAGAACCGAAGCGCUGUGUUCUGAAGUUAGUAGUAACGCAACGCUGGCAAGCCCAAGACGACAACGAUGUCCACUAAUUGGCGUGAAUUGUUCCCCACUCGACUAACAUUCAUCAUAUUUCUGCUGUAUAUGUCACUUUUCAUAGGACAGGGCAUCUUCGUCACAGCAUCCCAGGAGUCCAACAACUCGUACGGCUAUAACACUGUAACCGUUGUACUACUGACGGAAGUGUUCAAGCUAAUAGUUUCCACAUGCCUGUAUUGCAGAGACAACAAUCUUCGUUCUCUGGUGCGCGAUGUGCACAAAGACAGGAAUGUGCUGGCCUUGUACAUGGUGCCCGCAUUCCUAUACUGCUUCUACAACAAUCUCGCUUUCGUCAAUCUAGCCACGUUCGAUCCCACAACGUAUUAUCUACUGCUACAGCUGCGCGUUGUCGUGACGGGCAUUCUGUUUCAAAUCAUAUUCAAGAAGUAUUUAUCUCAACGCCAAUGGAUAUCUCUGAUACUGCUCACCCUUGGCUGCAUGCUCAAGCAGGUGGAUUUUAGUGGCUUUUACAGCGAUGCCAACGACGAUAGCGAGUCUGCUGCCAUACAGGCCAUACCAUCCAACAGCAACCACACCGUUGAUCAUCACCAAGUGCAUGGAAAAAACAUGUCAGGCUUUGAUUUCAGCCUAAGUGCUGUUUUCAUACUGGCCCAGACGAUAUGUUCCUGUCUUGCGGGGGUCUACAACGAAUACCUACUAAAGGACAAGGGUGCAGAUGUCAACAUUUUCGUCCAGAAUGUGUUUAUGUACCUUGACUCGAUUGUUUGCAAUGCGGGGAUCCUUCUGCUGCGUGGCGAGCUUCUGGACGCCUUCAGCCCACAAAACUUGGGCACCAUUAUGCGCUUCAGUGUCAUCAUCAUCAUUGUGAACAAUGCAGCCAUUGGCAUUGUAACGAGCUUCUUCCUGAAGUACAUGAACUCAAUUCUAAAGACUUUUGCCAGCGCCCUGGAGCUACUUUUCACGGCCGUGCUAUGCUAUUUUCUGUUCUCCAUACCCAUCUACAUGAACACCGCGCUGGCCAUAGCGGUUGUCUCCUAUGCCAUCUAUUUGUAUACCCAAAGUCCGGUUGUAAAUCUGGGCAAGGUUCGUCCAUUGUCAAGUCUGAGCGAGGCAUCCUCCAAGUCUACAGCCUACGACAAACGAAAGCUUCUCGACGAGGAGGGUGACACCGAUCUGGAAAUGGACAUGGUGUAGUGCUAAUAGCUAGUCCUAGACAUAGGCUUAAAUUGUAAAUAUCAUCAUCUAAGUUCUUGUGGAAAAGUGCCUAACAACUGUUCUGAACGGGCGUGAGCAUGCAGUUGACUCUAGGCUUUGUGCAAUCGACGCAGAUUCAAUAAACGACGGACAGACGAUGCCUGUGCUUGUAAAUACCAAAA